AUGGCCAUCCUCAAGUUGCCUGCUGUAGCGGACUAUUGGAGACAGAAACACAUGUUCAGUGUCCCUUUUCCAGGCUCACUGAUGCCAAGGGACAGCUUCCGUGUCAUCUCCUGGAAUCUGCACAUGAGUGACCCUGCUGAGGAUGUUAUCAACGACCGUAAGAAGGGCACACCUGAGUAUGACACGCUCUUCCGGGUGAGGCCACUCAUGGAUGACAUCAAAAUAGCAUGCAAGUCAUUCUACCAGCCCCGGCUGAACCUCUCCAUUGAUGAACGGAUGGUUGCCACAAAGGCCAAAACAGGGAUGACCCAAUACAUGAAGGCCAAACCUACAAAGUGGGGCUUCAAACUGUUUGUGUUGGCAGACUCCAGCAAUGGGUACACUUGUGACUUCACAGUCUACACUGGGAAGAGCAAGUUUGCCACUGGCUGUGGACUGUCCUUUGACUCUGUGGUGGGGCUGAUGAAGCCAGCAUUCCUUGGUUCAGGGUACCACUUGUAUUGUGACAAUUUUUACACCAGCCCACAUCUGUUCAGACACCUCAGGUCCUUGAAGUUUGGAGCCUGUGGGACCAUCCGUGAAGGAAGGAAGGAGGCUCCAAAAACCAAGGUCAAUGCCCUGACCAGGAAGUCCCCAAGAGGAUCCCUGAGGUGGAUUAGAGACGGCGACCUCCUCUUCACAAAAUGGAUGGACAACAGGGAAGUGUCAAUGUGCUCCACCAUUCAUCCUGCAUACUCAGGUGACACAGUACAGAGAAGGCAGAAGAGCAGGGAAGGACACUGGGAGACAAGUCACAUUCCAAUCCCAACCCCAAUCAUAGAGUACAAUAAGUACAUGGGAGGUGUUGACUUGUCUGACCAACUCAUCCAGUACUACUCAGUGCACCACACAACCAAGAGGUGGUACAGGACCCUCUUCCUCCAUUUCCUGGACAUUGCUAUUACCAAUAGCUACAUCCUACACAAGGAGCUGUGCCAGAGUGCACAGAGUCGGCCCCUGACACAUAAGGCGUUUGUUGAGCAACUUGCAGCUGAGUUGUGUGGGGUGACAUUGGAUGUUGCUGCCACACCAAAACUAACCGGACAUACCCCUUUGCCUACCAGAGAGACAACUGACCAAAGCUCGAGGGCCACAGCUGGACGCCUCAGGUGUGAGCUCUGCAAGAGAAAAGGUGUAAAGAAAGACACUCCCUGGAAAUGCGGUGAAUGUGAUGUCCCACUCUGUUUGCUUGCAGACAGGAACUGCUUCCAUCUGUGGCACAGCUAA